AUAGAAAAAAAAAAUAAACAAGCGCUGUCAAGGUUCCGCAUGCUCGGCCAAAAUCAGCUCUCAUUCCCUCAGCAGACAUCUUGGAGUGAGGUGCUGCCAGUGUUUCUUUCUCCGCUCAAAAUGGCUGCCCUCGCUGAUUCUGUCCUCGAUGCGCUGGUGUACGAGCAUCUAUCGAAAAAAGACAAAACUUUCGCGGCUGUGUUCCAGAAAAAGUUCCAGUCGCCCGUACUGCCGAAGGGAGCGCCUAAGCUGGACGAAAUCGUCAAACACUACCAGUCGACAAAAAAGAAGCUCGUGGUAAACAGUCAACAGAAAGCUGAGGAAUCCGACUCGGACGAGGAGGAGGAAGAUUCCGACGAGGAAGAGGAUGAGGAAGAGACCCCUGCGCCAGUGAAAAAGCCGGCCACCAACGGCAAGGCAGCGGUUAACGGUAAGGCGGCUACAAAUGGUGCUGUCGCCAAAAAGCCCCAGCCGGAGGAAGAUGACGAUGAGGAGGAAGAUUCCGACGAUGAUGAUGAGGAAGAGGACAGCGAUGAGGAGGAGGAGGAGGAUGAGAAGCCGGUGGCCAAACCGGCAGCUAAGGCCACUCCGGCAAAGGUGACUCCGGUGGUAAAGAAACCUCAGCAGGAGGAAGAGUCGGAUGAUGAGGACGACGAUGAGGAUGAGGAUGAUUCGGACGAGGAGGAGGAGGCCGCACCGAAGCCACAGCAGCAAAAGCCCGCGGCACAGCAAGCUGGUCAGAAGCGCAAGGCACAGGAAGAGGAAGAGGAGGAUGAGGACGACGAUGAUGAUGAGGAUGACGAUGAGGAGGAGGAGGAAGAAGAAACGCCCAAGCCAGUGUUGCAGAAAGCCAACAACGCCGCCAAGCAUCAGCAGAAGGACCAAAAGGCUAAUGGAAAACCAAUUACCAAUGGUAAACCCACUGCGAAUGCAAACGGAAAGAAAAUGGACGAAAGUGACUCCAGCGAGGAUGACAGUUCUGAGGAAGAAAGCAAACCAGCACCAAAACAGGCAGCGAAGACGCCGGUCAAAACGCCUGCAAAGGCAGCCACACCAGCUGCUGCUGCAAAGAAGGCGGCAGAGUCUUCGGACGAUAGCUCUGACGAUAGUUCUGAGGAGGAAUCCAAGCCGGCAGCAAAGAAGCCUGCACAAGCGGCCACUCCAAAGGCAGCGGCUGCCGCUAAGACACCAGCCAAGGCAGCCACACCAGCUGCUGCUGCAAAGAAGGCGGCAGAGUCUUCGGACGAUAGCUCUGACGAUAGUUCUGAGGAGGAAUCCAAGCCGGCAGCAAAGAAGCCUGCACAAGCGGCCACUCCAAAGGCAGCGGCUGCCGCUAAGACACCAGCCAAGGCAGCCACACCAGCUGCUGCUGCAAAGAAGGCGGCAGAGUCUUCAGACGAUAGCUCCGAUGAUAGCUCUGAGGAGGAAUCCAAGCCAGCAGCAAAGAAGCCUGCACAAGCAGCCGCUGCCGCUAAGACACCAGCCAAGGCAGCCACACCAGCUGCUGCUGUAAAGAAGGCGGCAGAAUCCUCGGACGAUAGCUCCGAUGAUAGCUCUGAGGAGGAAUCCAAGCCGGCAACAAAGAAGCCAACACAAGCAGCCGCUGCCGCUAAGACACCAGCCAAGGCAGCCACACCAGCUGCUGCUGUAAAGAAGGCGGCAGAGUCCUCGGACGAUAGCUCCGAUGAUAGCUCUGAGGAGGAAUCCAAGCCGGCAGCAAAGAAGCCGACACAAGCAGCCGCUGCCGCUAAGACACCAGCCAAGGCAGCCACACCAGCUGCUGCUGCAAAGAAGGCGGCAGAGUCUUCGGACGAUAGCUCUGACGAUAGUUCUGAAGAGGAAUCCAAACCGGCAGCAAAGAAGCCAAUACAAGCGGCCACUCCAAAAGCAGCGGCUGCUGCUAAGACACCAGCCAAGGCAGCCACACCAGCUGCUGCUGCAAAGAAGACCGCAGAGUCAUCGGACGAUAGCUCUGACGAUAGCUCUGACGAAGAUUCCAAGCCAGCAGCAAAGAAGUCAACAGUCGCUGCCACUCCAAAAGCAGCGGCUGCUGCUAAGACACCAGCCAAGGCAGCCACACCAGCUGUUGCUGCAAAGAAGGCGGCAGAAUCCUCGGACGAUAGUUCUGAUGAUAGUUCUGAAGAGGAAUGCAAGCCGGCAGCCAACAAAUCAGCCGUCGCUGCUACUCCAAAAGCAGCGAUGGUGAAGACACCAGCGAAGGCAGCUACUCCAGCUGCAGCGGCGAAGAAGGCAGCAGAGUCUUCAGACGAUAGCUCUGACGAUAGCUCUGAGGAGGAAGCAAAACCAGCGGCCAAGAAACCAGCUCUAGCUGCCACACCUAAAGCAGCAGCACCUGCAAAGGCUCCAUCUAAGGCGGCUACUCCAGCAGCAGCUAAGAAGCAGCAGGAAGACUCCAGCAGUGAAGAUUCUUCCUCUGAAGAAGAGACCACCAAUAAACCUGUUGUUGCUGCUGUAAAAACACCUGCCAAGGCAGCAGCCGCUGUUAAAACGCCUGCAAAGGCGGCAACACCAGCUGCGGCGGCAAAGAAAGCAGCAGAGUCUUCGGACGAUAGCUCGGACGAUAGUUCGGAGGAAGAAUCAACCGCUAAGAAGCCAGCACAAGCGGCAAUGUCGAAAGCAGCAGCUCCUGCUAACAAGACCCCAGCAAAGGCGCCCGCAACCGCAGCAGCAAAGAAGGCCGACUCGUCGGACGAUAGCUCCGAUGAUAGCUCUGAGGAGGAAUCAAAGCCAACAGCAGUGAAGAAGCCUGCCCAGGCAGCCACACCGAAAGCGGCAGCACCCGCUAAGAAACAGCAGGAGGAAUCGAGCAGUGAAGAAGAUUCUUCCGAGGAAGAAACAACGGUGAAAAAGGCAGCUGUAGCGCCGACGAAUGGCGUUGCUGCUGCUAAAAGAAAAGCAGAAUCAUCCGAUGAUUCAGACAGUUCGGAGGAGGAAAAUGUAAAGCCGGCAGCAAAGAAGCCCGCUGUUGUAAGCGCAUCCACGCCGAAACCUGCUGCAAAAUCAGCAAAGAAAGAAUCAUCGUCCUCAGAUUCUGAUUCAGACGAUGAAGAUGAUGAUGAUGAUAAACCGGUGGAAAAGUCGCAACAGUCGGCGAGCCAGGCGGGACAGAAACGAAAGCUGGAUAAUCAACAGCAGGCCGCAGAUCCGCCAGCGAAGAAACCGCCUAAUCCUUACAGUAAUUUCGUGAGGGCUAGCGACAAUCACGAGGAACAGAAUAGCAAGCAGGAGUACGAUACGCCGCCAAAUAAGAAGACUUUUGCGAAUCAAAAUGGUAGCGCCAGCAGUGGUUUCGGCAGCGGACGCAAAUCGCAAAGCGGCGGCAGCAAAGAGAUCAAUCGAUUCCGACGCAUCAAGCCAGAGGAGAUAGAGAUUGACGAGCGGCUGAUGGAUAAUUCUUACGAAGCAAAGCGUAAUGCUGAAGGCGCAUACGGUGAACGGGCGAACAGGAUUUUAAAGUUCACGAAAGGCAAAUCGUUCCGCCACGAGAAGACGAAAAAGAAGCGAUCGGGAUAUCUCGGCGGUCUUAUCGAUAAAUCAGUUAAUUCUAUCAAGUUCCAGGACUAGAAGGAUGCUGCUACAGUGCGUUAGGAAUGUUAUUAUAAUAUUGCAGUAUGUAGUUACUAUUUUCUUAAGCUGAUUCGCUUUUGUGAAGCAUCGACUGCGCUGCAGAGUUUAAGGGAGAGUCGGUUUAUGUCCAAUCGUAUCUCGUCUAGUUUCGAUCCUGUCCCGUCAACAUUUGUUGUUUGUAAACGUUCAUUUAGCGUUUAGUUUCAGGUCAUUACCGUAAGCAUAUUGAGGAUGUCAAUAUUUAAUUGAUAUAUUGUUCGCUAUAUUUGGAUACACUAGUUCGUAAGCAUCCAUGUCAAGAGUAAAUGUGUACGCCUUUUAUUUCUAUUAAAUGGAUAUAUAUUUCCCUACACACUGAUAAUCACAAGAAUUUUAUAUUACGUCUAUGGAAUGUGAACCUUUAUACUUGUGUCGUUAUACAGCAGUGAUUGCUGUAUUGAACGAUGAAAGUUUUGACAGAAAUUACACUUUUCAAGUAUUUGAAGACUACUGAGAACAAUUGUAUUCAUAUAACAAAAUAAAGUAACACAAUAAACUAAACAUAUUUACACCGAGAA